AUGGACCCCAAUGCGUAUAUUCCUGAAAUGCACGCCGGAACUCUGGAGCUGUCUGAACACUCUGCACUGUUUUUCUGGCAUGUGGCAAGUCAGUUUCAGGUAUCUAAACCGCGCACUAUCCUAUGGCUAAACGGUGGGCCUGGCUGCUCGUCGAUGGAUGGCGCAUUGAUGGAGAUCGGCCCGUUCAGAUUCAGCGAAGACGGGUCUCGGUUGAUUGAGAACGUGGAUGGCUGGAACAAGUACGCCAAUCUUCUUUUCUUGGACCAGCCACUUGGUACUGGAUAUAGCAAGGCGGAGGAAAGCCUUGGGGCCAAUAAUUUGAGUAUUGUUUCGCAAAAUGUCGUGCUGUUUUUGCAAAAGUACUUUGAGGUGUUUCCCGAACAAAAAACCCAUGAGCUGUAUAUUGCAGGGGAGUCGUAUGCUGGUCAAUAUAUCCCUUAUAUUUAUAAAGCGAUCAGGGAUACUGAUCCUUCUAUCAAAGUUGCUGGCCUACUUUUGGAUAAUCCGUGGAUCGACCCUGCUCAUCAGUAUACCAGUUACAUGCCGUUCCUGUUCAAGCACAACCUGGUUUCCGGUGAGCAGGACAAGAAGGCUAUUCAGCAGCUCCAUGACGAAUGUGUGGUUGAGCUGACGAGUCUCGACGUCGUGUACUCCGAUAAUACAGUGUGCAAUCGAGUGUCUAUCUAUGCGCUACAGCAUUUCGAUAAUGCCAGAACGUGCUUUAAUGUUUACAACAUUGAGCUCACAGAUACGUACAGCUCCUGUGGUAUGAAUUGGCCCCCUGGAGUGGAGUUCAUGUCCCCGUAUUUGAGCCGAAGUGACGUUCGACGGGCGUUCAAUGUCAAGGAGGACGGCAGGUGGACUGAAUGUAGCACUUCUGUUUCUGCGAGCUUCCACAACUCCAAGUCCCCGUCUGCAGUAUCUCUUUUGCCUGAAAUUCUUGAAGAAAUUCCUGUUCUGCUGCUAGUUGGUGAACUGGACUAUAUUUGCAAUAUUGACGGGCUGCGUAGUAUGGUUGAUAAUCUGCAGUGGGGAGGCGGGAUCGGAUUAAGGGAUAGUUCUGAAACCCGUCUGGUCAUUCGCGGAUCCGACGUUGGUGCAGUGACUUCCGCUCGAAACUUGACGUUUGUCAAUUUGUCCAAAGGCUCGCACAUGACUCCCUACGAGCUUCCGUACGAGACACGAUCUGUCUUGUAUGGGUUUUCAGGAAUCGCACCCACUUAUAAUACGAGCAUGGAAUUUGACGCCCCUCCUACCAAGCAAGAAAAAGAAAAAAUGAUUAGCGACGCAAUGUACCGAGCUUACUAUCAAGCAGGGUUCGUUGCUCUAGGUGUUGUGGGCGGUGUUCUUCUAGUAGUUGUUUUGGUGUCUUGGGGAACCGGUGCCAGGAGCACGUUCACGUUCAGUGGGCUAAUGAACGCGCUAUUGCAUGCGGCUCCCCUCAAAAAUAAACCUCUGGGUGAGUACGUGAAUUUGCAGACCUUCCGCCGGUUUGGUCGACCCGAAACAAUUCAUGAAGAAGAUGAGGAAGACGAGGGAUUACCGUAG